AUGCGUCUCACUUCGGGCCAAAGUUUGCGUCUCCCUUACAACAAUAACAACAAGUUCGCAUUCGCCACUUGUGUUCGAGGACUUCGGACCUUUGAACAUGUCAUGGCGCUUUUCUCAAAACGCCUGACAUGCUUUUAUUGCGGCCGGCGCGUUGCUCAGCCUGUCAAUGGGCCUGUCCGUAAAUUCCAUUGUCAACACUGCGACGCCGACAACUACUUGGACCAGAACGGAGAUAUAACGGAUCCCCCGACGGAGGACACAAACUGCUUUAGCACAGGUACAGAUACCUCGAAUUCGGGUACAGGAUCGGCCGAGUUUACAGGAUCCAAUACUUUCUGCUCGAAAUGUAUUCGCAAUCAGCAUUUGUUCAGAUCGUCGCUUGCUGCAUACUUUCCUCCUUCUGACGAUCCCGCCGACGCUGAAUACGAACGGGGCUAUGCACAAUUCAAAAAGGAUCUCGAGGAAACGUAUCCGCAGGUCUGCGACGUGUGUGGGCCUCGGGUACUGGAAGAAAUUCGCAAAAAGGGCUACGAAGCCAAAUCUGACCAUCUCCGGCGCAUGAUUGAUCGCAGUAGAGCCAGCAAGAACCUGCGCCAGGCCAGAAGCCGAAGUUGGCAAAGCUUGCUCGUGUACGCAGGCGCGCUGGGGUAUUGGACAAGCAUUUGCGGACAAGUCGCAUGGGAUGUGACAAACGUGCUCACCACGCGCGUCACAACGCAGGGUUCCAGCACCGACCCAGAAGUCCCUGCUCCAUUGGUUUCCGGCUUCAAGGAAAUGAAGCAGCUGGGCCGCUUCUCCAAGGCAUCCUCUAUCGAUCUCGCUUCGACUGCUGGAUUUGCUCUCCUUGUAGGACUGGUCUCAAUAUGGUGGAAUCCCAAGCUGAGAAUGAAAGUUGAAGGUCGCACUGGUAGAUUUUCUGGGUUUGCAGAAUACUAUCAGCUGCAGCUCAUCACUCUCGUGACGCGUUGCGUGUUCUGGGAAAUUUUGAAGGACCCGUCCGCGAGCGCUCUGGGCGCACAGCUUCCUGCUGCUCUCCAUUCCUUUAUGAUCAUAUUCACGCUACUUUCCGUUAUGGUAUCACGCCGAGUCGUGAAGUUCAAUACCCGGCCUCUAGUCGACUGGUCUGAUAACUCGUGGGAACGACCCUUGCAGGGAGGUGGAGCCCAUUCAAUAAUGGAGACAAGCACGAGCCAAAGUUCCGCCACACCUAGGGCUUCCAGUGGAUCAGGAAGCUCCCGAUUUCCUGUUGAAAAGCUCGCUCCUGCCCAUUCUCCCCCACGGGAACCCGCUGUAUUCCCGACGCCUCCUCCGGAAGUGGAUGAAAUGGAGUGGACACCCUCUGCUGCCAAACCUGUGCUUCAGCCGAGCAUGAAUAUCCGCCCACAAGAAAGAGUGUCUGCUGUGGAUGGGCCAUCUCCGUUUACAGGCAGCUUGCCUCCCGCUCCCAGGCCGCCGGCAUGGAACCUUCGCGCACAGCCGUCGAGGAAGCACAUUGAUCAGGUCGUUCAGCCCAACCCAUUUACCCGGGCGGAUCCCAAGUCUCCUCGUCAGUGGCAGUCGAGAUCUCAAGAUCUUGAGCCAGUGUUUAGACCUCCAUCGUUCUUCCCAACAAGUGACUUGAACACCUCCACGGGGCUUGAAUAUCUGUUCGAGCGUGCGUUUAAUAUGGACCGUGAAGCACCGGAAAAGGCCUGGGAGCAGCAGCCUACAAGUGGGAAUCCUGCUCCCGCACGGACUAACGCCUGUAUGUUCAAUUACCUCCGGCUGGGGCUGAUACUGGGUUCUUUCGUUGCUUGGAUGUUCUCUCAGAACAACCUGCUGUCCAUCACUGGGAAUUACAUCGAAGCCUGUGCUCUGGGAAAUGCCAGUCUGAUCGCUGGCUUCGCCCUUCUUGAGUCGGUGAAAACUCCACUGGCGCACUGGAAUGGUAUGGAGAUUCUCGUCUACAUUACAGAGCUUGCUGCAGCGGUUCACCUCGGCGCUCAUUUACCUCGAGCUUCUUUUGAAAGGGAAUACUUCGACAGAUACGGGAAAACACUUCUCAUGUUCAUGGCAUUGCAAGAAGCUAUCGGCUUGCUGGCUUCUUACAGAAGAUUACUCGCUUCUCAGAGCCAAGCAGUUUCACAGCCGCAGGAUCCUGCGGCAGGCAAUCUGCAUCCAGCACACUCUGCAUCUCCACAGCCAUCUUCUCUACCGGCUCUCAAUAACGCUCCGUGGUCUCCUGCCGGUUCUUCGUUUGAAUAUUCACCUGUCCCUCCCUCUGUUGCUGAAACCUCUGAGGCCCCAGGUCUUUCAUUCUCAUCGACGACUGGUAAUGCGAGUUUUUCUUCGGCUUUGUCCUCCGCCUUGCCACCAACCCAACAUUAUCGAAUUGCCCCCUCUCAGAGCUACAAUAAAUUUUCAACACCGACGCCACGGCAGAAUCCGCACAGCUUCACAAUGAGUGAUUUGCAAGGAAAUGAUCCCGCUUCUGAUUACGAUCGAGAUUCGGACACAGAAACUGUGGCUACCACUGCCACGACUCUGACCGAUGCGACAACCCGAAACAUCCGCUAUGGUCGAUUCUCCGAAUCAGACUUUGGCUCCGCUUUCUCUCCCCGCAGAACUGAGCUUGGCCCGGGUAUCAGUGGACUCAGCCUUGAGGAUCGACCUGCAUCUCGACGUGUAACGAGGAGCCAAACAAAGCAAGGGCUUGCGGGACGAAGAUUCCUUGGCCGCACAAUUCGGUGA